AUGCCAAUGGUUGAGGAGAACCGCCGUCCUACAGUACUGCGGGAGAAGUUUCCACCCAUCAGGGCUGGACAACCACAGAUUGGCAAGCAUAACUGGAAGCGGAAGCGGAAGCGGAAGCAGGGGGCGGCAGCGUGGCAAGAUCGAUCAAAGCCUCCCAUUUUGGUAUCAUCCGCCCGCUUCUCGAUCCAAUUUCUGCGCCGCAUGUCGUAUACCGCGUACCGUCACCGCGUACCGAGCGCUCCGCACCGUUCCCGAGGCUCCCCGACGAGGCACUGCGGACUGGAAUCAAAGUGUUCCGCGGCCCAGGAUGCCGGCAGCCUCCAAGAAGAACUGCAGAAGAACUGCAGAAGAACUGCAGAAGAACUGCAGAAGAACUGCAGAAGAACUGCAGAUGAGCUGUGA